UGCAUUAUCGCUCUCAUGCCUUCUUCGUUGCCUGUCAUCGACGAGAACAAUCCCUUCUACUGCCCCGGUAUCACAGCAUCAGCGUACCUCAGCUCCCUCAGACGCAAAGCACGCCAUGGCGCCGCCGCCCGCCUUCCCCAGCCGUCAAACGACCUGAUCUCCUUUGCGCGCGUCCUUGUUCAAGACGAGAACUACAAGCCAACGCUUCGAGCUUUAGACUCCGACGACGAUGAUGCAGAAUCGACACUCGUCCCUCCCGAUAAGACCACUUCGACAAAAGCGUCAACCUCUCGUCGUCCACUCAAGCGCAAACGGUCCAACUCCUUCUCCGACCUUCGUGGCUCUCCAAAGCAUGUCCGCUCAUCGCUUUCCAUCCAAGAAUCUUCCUUCGAGAUCAGCGUCAAACGAGAACGAUUGCAAUACUAUUCAGCCAAGUACACCUAUUCGCCAUUCAUCAAUCCGAAGUCCUCUGCAAAGCUCGUGCGCUCAAACAGCGAUAAUAGAGCUAGGGUUCGCGGACUUGAAGACGAGCUUUAUGGACCUCCCAUUGGCACUGAAUCUCCUCGUGGUAUCAAGCCUUUCAUAGAACGUCUAGACGCAAUGAUACCCGGCAUCCGUCUUCAAGCACGCCUCUCGAAGCUCCCUGACUUGAGCCAUCAAGCCAUUGCGGAUUACUUGGGUGAACACGGCCUUCUCAGCUCACGGAUUCUCACUGCGUUCAGAACAUCUGAAAUCUGGCGACUUGCACUGACAGAAUCGAUGAACGACGAAGAUGGCCUCAAUCUUGCGGGUAGGAGUGUUUUGUCAGUUUUCAGCAAACCAAACGGUUUCUUUUUCUUGUCUGAGCUCUCUUUCAACGGCACGCCUGUUCAAGACAUUGAUCUCGUCCACAUUCACCACCUUCCGCGUCUUGUGACGCUUUUGCUCAACAACACCGGCAUCAGAAAUGAAGCAAUCUUCCAUAUUGUCGCGCUUCGGCGCUCACUCCUUCAGCUCUCAAUCGCGACCAAUCCGCAUAUCGACGACGAAGCUAUUCCUGCUCUGAUUCUGCUCUCCAAGCUUUCUUUUCUCACUAUCCUCGACACCAGCAUCGACAUGCCAGGUCUCCGUCGACUUGCCAAGGUCGUCCAAGACGAACGACGGAUGAUUGACAUUGAGGUACCUACUAGUUGUGAAUCAUACAUUGAUGCCCUCUCCCUGAAUUACCUUGCCGACAUUGCGCCUCCACUCAUAUCCCUUCCAUCACUGGUUAACGACCUCUCCGCCGCGGCCCUCAAACGAAACCUUUCUGCCCAUGCCGCCCACAAUGCGAGUAUCGUAGCUUGCGGCACGAAACAGGAGAUGGCGGCGCGCCUCAAGACCAUUUUAGAGACGAGAGAGAUGGAUCUAAUGGUGCGGGAGAUGCUCGAGGUCGGGAACCCCAAGUAG